AAAUUUCGUUCCGGAUGCGUGUCUUUGUACCGCUGAGCAAGUUCUAGGGAUAUCAAAACAAACACAACACACACACACUAGCUAAUGUCAGUGAAAGCUUACUGAAAGGUCUAUCUGUCAGUGAUCAGCCUGCUGUCUCAUCAUGCUACUGAAAUCUUGUUGUAUUUACAGCGUCGGAGUGUUUUCUAUUCUAUUGUUAAUUCUAGGCAUUUCUUUGGUCCUGUCUGACGUUUUUCCACAUUUUGUGCAGUCCAUGGUUAAAAAGGAAGUAGUUUUGAAGAAUGGCACAGAGGCGUUUGAUGCUUGGGAGAAUCCACCAGCACCUAUCUACAUGCAGUUUUACUUUUUUAAUCUGACCAAUCCCCUCGAGGUGCUGGAUGGGGACAGGCCGGCUGUGGUGGAGAUUGGACCAUAUACGUACAGGGAGUACAGGCCUAUGGAGCAAGUGGACUUCCAGGAUAAUGGCACUAAAGUAGCAGCUGUCAACACUAAAACCUACAUAUUCCAGCCCAACAUGUCCCGAGGUCCGGAGAGUGAUCUCAUCAGGACAGUCAACAUCCCUGCCUUGACCGUGAUGGAGAAAUUCAAGGACAGCUAUAUUGAGGCCAAUCUGAUCUCCUCCUACAUGAAGGCCACUGACGAAGGCCUGUUCACCACCCGCACAGUGGGAGAGCUGCUGUGGGGAUAUGAAGAUAGCCUGCUCAAAGCUCUCUCCACUUUGAAACCUGAUCUGGAUGAUGUUUUUGGACUCUUUUAUAAGAGCAAUGCUUCCAACGAUGGCCAAUAUGUAUUCUUCACUGGCCAGAAAAACUACAAGGACUUUGCUAGAGUGGAUACAUGGAAUGGGGAAAGCUCAGUGAACUGGUGGACAUCUGAUGAGUGCAAUAUGAUCAAUGGAACCAACGGAGCAUCUUUCCAUCCAGUCAUCACCAAGAAUGAAACGCUCUACAUGUUCUCUUCAGACCUGUGCCGGUCUCUGUACGCUUUGUAUGAGGAGGAUGUGACGGUGAAGGGGAUCCCUGGGUAUCGCUUCGUUCCCCCCAGUGAGGUGUUCGCCAAUCUGACCGUGAACCCAGCGAACGCGGGCUUCUGCGUCCCUGCUGGAAAUUGCCUAGGUUCUGGUGUGCUGAAUGUCAGUGCAUGUAAACAAGGGGCCCCAAUCAUUAUGUCCUCACCACACUUCUACCAGGCAGAUGAGAAAUUUGUUCAGGAUGUGUUUGGCAUGAAGCCUAAGAAGGAGCAGCACGAGACAACCAUUGAUAUCAACCCGCUUACAGGGAUCAUUCUCCAAGCAGCAAAGCGGCUCCAGGUCAACGCGUAUGUGGAGAAAAUUCCCACCUUCAGUCAAACAGGAAACGUGAGGACAGUGGUCUUUCCUGUGGUUUACCUAAAUGAGAGCGUCAUCAUUGACGACAUGUCAGUCAAGAAGCUGCGGGUGAUUGUCACUGAGCAGAACGUUGUGGUGAACAUUCCGUUUAUUCUGAUUGGUCUUGGCAUCAUUCUGGGAGGAGUCUUCAUGUUCCUAAUGUGCCGACAGAAGACGCCUGAGAGCACUGCUGCUGAGCGUCAGCCCCUGCUCUCAUCAUAGCACCAAGCAGGAUGUGAAAGGAAGACAGUUGCCAUGUUUGCAGUAUAAUUCAACAUUUCAAGGUUUCAGUGGAUCUGCAAUUUUUACCAUUAACCCAUUGUCACAGUUCCCAUUGUUAACUAGAAUUAAUGAGAGUUAACUAAGAGUGAAGUCUUUGUGUUUGUUACAGGGUUGGGACUAAUGUCUAAAGAGAGUAUAUUUUUCCUUCUAAUUUCUAAAGCAAACAUUGAACCUGAACAGAAUAAUUUAACAAUCCUGCAAAAUCUGAUUUAUCUCGGAGCUAAUCCAAAGAUUGAAGCAAAAAAGUAGUUAAAAUGUCAUAAUUUGAUCCAGAUCAUACUUUUUAGGAAGUGGCCAGUAAUCAGGAUUUACAGUGGUCUGGUGAGAAUGUUUAGGCCGCAGUCAUAAGAGAUGCAAGAGAGAUGUCUUUUCUCUUUCAGAUUUUGGUAUUGUCUAGGCAUAAGCAAAGUGAACAACAAAGUCAAGCUGUGGGAAAUGACUGCUGGCAGAAUGUUUUACUCUGAAUGUGAUGUGUAUUAUUUCUGUAGCCUAAAACGUAUCGCUCUCAGAAAAUGGUUCUCACCUCAUUUUGAUAUCUAAGGAGUUGGAUGACUAGACUUCAUUUGAUGUUUUUUAUUUUAACUUACAACUCAGUCUCUUAAGGUGUAUUGAGCUCUGAAUAUAAAUAUAUAUUCAGCUUCUUUUUAAUAUCAUGUGCUCUAAGUAGUAUCAGUAUUACUUCAGCAGUGUCAGUAAAAGGGAAGGGGGUUUUUUGCCAGGUGUGGAUGUCUUGUCUCAUGAUGCAAUUGUUCUUUUCCCCUAAAAUGUUGGCAUGAAUGUGUGAUUUUUAAUUUCUACUGAUAGUAUGCUAAAAUCAGUGUAUGAACAGCUUCAUGUUGGAGACACUAUUAAUACAUUUUUUGCCAAAUAUAAAAUCAUGUUUUUCUUUUUAACUACUAGGGCUGGUCUAUGAUUUUAUGGCUAAAUUCGGCACAACAGGAUUUUAUCAGAUUGUUUGUGAUUUUAUUUAAAGUUUGCAGAAAAAAUGUUUUGGGCUAAAGCUGGCUGGAUCGCUCAUUUUUAAAAUAUAGUGGAUUUUAAUUUUUUGCAGUUUGAUUAACCACUCUUUCACACACAUCACUGACAAGCUGUCUUUUGUUGUGGACUUUAUUUUAUAUGUGAAAAAUUAUAUUGUUCACACACUACAACUCCAACAUAGUAAAGUCAAUAUGUAAUCACUGUUUACAUACUCUUAAUAGGUCACAUAUCUAACAGUUUGCACAUUGUCUGGUCAUUUGCUACAAGUUCAAUAAACUUGUCGUGCUUCAUGUUCCCCGCA